AGGUAGAAGUGGACCUGGACAGCUACCAAACAGCUUUAGAAGAAGUACUCACAUGGCUUCUCUCUACUGAAGAUGCAUUACAAGCACAAGGAGAUAUAUCCAGUGAUGUAGAAGAAGUCAAAGAGCAGUUUCACACCCACUGAGGGCUUUAUGAUGGAAUUAACAGCUCACCAGGGACGUGUUGGUAAUGUUUUGCAAGUGGGGAGUCAACUUAUAACAGUUGGGAAGCUUUCAGAUGAUGAAGAAAAUGAAAUCCAAGAACAAAUGAAUCUGCUUAAUUCUCGUUGGGAAAGUCUCAGGGUAGCCAGCAUGGAAAAACAAAGCAACUUACAUAAAAUUCUCAUGGACCUGCAGAAUCAGCAGCUAACACAGUUAUCUGACUGGCUAGCAAAAACAGAAGAAAGGACAAAGAAAAUUGAGUCAGAGCCCCUGGGCCCUGAUCUAGAAGACUUAAAACAUCAAGUAGAAGAACACAAGGCACUUCAAGAAGACUUGGAACAGGAACAAGUCAGGGUGAAUUCCCUUACUCAUAUGGUAGUUGUGGUGGAUGAAAGUGGUGGAGAUAAAGCUACUGCUGCACUGGAAGAACAACUUCAGGAUCUGGGAGACCGGUGGGCAGCCAUUUGUAGAUGGACAGAGGAUCGCUGGGUCCUUCUACAGGAUAUUCUUCGGAAGUGGCAGCAAUUUGCUGAGGAGCAGUGCCUUUUCGAUUCAUGGCUUACAGAGAAAGAGGAUGCAGUGAGCAGGAUUCAUACAACUGGCUUUAAAGAUCAGAAUGAAAUGCUUGCCAGUCUGCAAAAGUUGGCUAUCUUAAAAGGAGAUCUAGAAAUGAAGAGACAAACAAUGGGUAAGCUGAGCUCACUCAUGCAGGACCUCCUGUCAGCAGUAAAGAAUAAAGCAGUGGCUCAAAAGCUGGAAGGUCGGCUGGAAAACUUUGCCCAGCGUUGGGAUAGGCUUGUGCAGAAGCUGGAGAGCAAUUCUAAGCAGAUUUCACAGGCUGUCACCGCCGCUCAAACAUCACUAACACAGACAACUGUAAUGGAAACUGUAACUAUGGUGACCACCAGAGAACAAAUCCUGGUUAAGCAUGCUAAAGAAGAACUCCCACCACCUCCACCACACAAGAAGAGGCAGAUCCUAGUGGAUUCAGAAAUUAGGAAGAGGUUUGACGUCGAUACAACAGAACUACACAGCUGGAUGACCCGCUCAGAAGCUGUACUUCAGAGCCCCGAGUUUGCAAUAUAUAGAAAAGAAGGCAACCUGUCAGACCUCAGAGAAAGAGUCAAUGCCAUCGAGCGAGAAAAGUCUGAGAAGUACAGGAAACUGCAAGACACCAGCAGAUCAGUGGAAGCCUUGGUGGAACAGAUGGUGAAUGAGGGUCUUAAUGCUGACAACAUCAAACAAGCCUCAGAGCAGUUGAACAGUCGCUGGAUUGAGUUCUGUCAGUUGCUGAGUGAGAGACUGGCGUGGCUGGAGUACCAAAAUAACAUCAUUGCCUUCUACUCCCAGCUGCAGCAACUGGAGCAGACAGCAAUUACUGCUGAAAACUGGCUGAAAGCACAACCUACACCAGCAGCAGAUCCUGCUACAGUAAAAAUACAGUUAGAAAAGUGCAAGGAUGAAGUCUCCCGGUUGUCAGCCCUUCAGCCUAAAAUUGUGCAGCUAAAGCUUCAAAGUAAAGCACUGAAAGAAAAAGAGCAAGGGCCAAUGUUCCUUGAUGCAGACCUUGUAGCUUUUACUAACCACUUCAAACAAGUUUUUGCUGAUGUACAGGCCAGAGAGAAACAGCUACAGACCAAUUUUGACAGUUUGCCUCCUGCACACUAUAAGGAGACCAUGAACACUAUCCUUUUGUGGAUCCAGCAGUCAGAGACCAAACUCUCCAUACCUCAGGUUAUUGUCACUGAAUAUGAGAUCAUGGAGCAGAGACUCAGGGAGCUAAAGGCUUUGCAAAGCUCUCUACAUGAGCAACAAAAUGGCCUAAACUAUCUUAGCACAACUGUGGAAGAAAUGUCCAGGAAAGCCCCUGCAGAGCUCAGCCAGAAAUAUCGAUCUGAAAUUGAGGGGAUCCUUAGCCGCUGGAAGAAGUUAUCAGCUCAGCUGGUAGACCGUUGCCAAAAACAUGAGGACCUGAUGACUAAGCUCCAGCAGUUUCAGAAUGACACUAAAACCCUGAAGAAAUGGAUGGCUGAAGUGGAUGCUUUUCUGAAGGAAGAGUGGCCUGCCCUUGGUGACUCAGAAGCGCUGGAAAAACAGCUUGAACAAUGUACAGCCUUAGUAAAUGAUAUCCAGACAAUCCAGCCCAGUUUGAACAGUAUUAAUGAGGUUGGGAAGAAAAUGAAGAAUGAAGCAGAGCCAGAAUUUGCUUCCAGAAUACAGACAGAACUAAAAGAACUCAAUGCGCAAUGGGAACACAUUUGCCAACAGGCCUAUGCUAAGAAGGCAGCACUAAAAGGUGGUUUGGAUAAGACUGUUAGUCUUCGAAAGGAUUUGUCAGAGAUGCAUGAAUGGAUAACACAAGCUGAAGAAGAAUACCUGGAGAGGGAUUUUGAGUAUAAAACACCAGAUGAAUUACAGAAAGCGGUUGAGGAACUGAAGAGAGCAAAAGAGGAGGCCACACAGAAAGAGGUGAAGGUGAAGCUACUCACAGACUCUGUGAAUAAUUUUAUAGCAAGAGCUCCACCUGCAGCUCACGAAGCCUUAGAAAAGGAACUUGACAUAUUAAUUACAAACUACCAGCGGCUCUGCAGCAGGCUAAAUGGAAAGUGCAAAACUCUGGAGGAGGUAUGGUCAUGUUGGCGUGAGUUAUUGUCCUACUUGGAUGCAGAAGAUAAAUGGUUGAAUGAGAUGGAGCUGAAACUCAGGGCAACUGAAAAUAUCCAAGGAGGUGCAGAAGAGAUCUCAGAGGCACUAGACUCUUUGGAAAGCUUAAUGCGACAUCCAGAAGAUAACCGCAAUCAGAUUCGGGAGCUGGCGCAGACUUUAACUGAUGGUGGAGUCUUGGAUGAGUUGAUCAAUGAAAAACUGGAGAAAUUCAGUACUCGAUGGGAAGAGCUGCAACAGGAGGCUGUGAGAAGACAAAAGGUUCUUGAACAGAGUAUCCAGUCUGCCCAGGAAAUUGACAAAACCCUUCGCUUGAUCCAAGAGUCUCUUGCCUUCAUUGACAGACAAUUAGCAGCCUACAUUGCAGAGAGAGUUGAUGCUGCACAAGUCCCUCAGGAAGCACAAAAAAUACAAUCUGAUUUGACAAGCCAUGAGAUCAGUUUGGAAGAAAUGAAAAAACGAAGCCAGGGUAAGGAUGCUGCCAAAAGAGUUUUCUCCCAAAUUGAUGUUGCACAGAAAAAACUACAAGACGUCUCCAUGAAGUUCCGCUUGUUCCAGAAGCCAGCCAAUUUUGAGCAGCGUCUACAGGAAUGUAAAAGAAUUUUAGAUGAAGUAAAAUUGCAGGUGCCCAAGUUGGAGAUGAAGAGCGUAGAGCAGGAGGUAGUGCAGUCACAGUUGGAUCAUUGCAUGAAAUUGUAUAAAAGCUUGAGUGAGGUGAAGUCUGAAGUGGAAACAGUGAUAAAAACUGGACGUCAGAUUGUUCAGAAACAACAGACAGAGAACCCCAAAGAACUGGAUGAAAGACUUACAGCUCUGAAGCUGCAAUAUAAUGAAUUGGGCGCUCUGGUGACAGAAAAAAAACAAGAGUUAGAGAAAUGUUUGAAAUUGUCCCGGAAGCUACGAAAGGAAAUGAAUGCUCUGACAGAGUGGCUGGCAGUGACAGAUGCAGAAUUGACAAAGAGAUCAGCGGUGGAGGGAAUGCCUACUAAUUUGGAUGCUGAAGUUGCCUGGGGCAAGGCAACACAGAAGGAGAUUGAAAAACGCCAGCUCCAUCUAAAGAGCAUCAGUGAUCUAGGAGAGGGUUUGAGGACGGUGCUUAAGGAAAAAGAAGGUCUAGUGGAUGAUAAGCUCAGCCUUCAGAAAAGUAACUGGAUAGCAGUAACUUCACGAGCUGAGGAGUGGUUCAACCUAUUGUUGGAAUAUCAAAAGCAAAUUGAGACAUUUGAUCAGAAUGUAGCUAACAUCACAACCUGGAUGUAUCGUUCGGAAAUAUUAUUGGAUGAAUCUGAAAAACAAAAAUCUCAGCAAAAAGAGGAAGUUCUUAAGCGCUUAAAGGCUGAGCUGAAUGAUAUGCGUCCAAAGGUGGACUCUGUGCGUGACCAGGCAGUAGACUUGAUGACAAACCGUGGAGAUCACUGCAGAAAAGUAAUAGAGCCUAAAGUGUCAGAGCUCAACCAGCGAUUUGCAGCUAUAUCACAAAGAAUUAAGAGUGGAAAGCCUUUCAUUCCUUUGAAGGAAUUGGAGCAGUUUAACUUUGAUAUGCAAAAAUUGCUUGAACCACUGGAGGCUGAAAUUCAGCAAGGGGUGAAUCUGAAAGAGGAAGACUUCAAUAAAGAUAUGAGUGAAGACAAUGAGGGUACUGUAAAAGAAUUGCUGCAAAGGGGAGACACUCUACAGCAAAGCAUCACAGAUGAAAGAAAACGAGAGGAAAUAAAGAUAAAGCAACAGCUGUUGCAGACUAAACAUAAUGCUCUCAAGGAUUUGAGGUCUCAAAGAAGAAAAAAGGCUUUAGAGAUUUCUCAUCAGUGGUAUCAGUACAAGAGGCAGGCUGAUGACCUAUUGAAAUGGUUGGAUGACAUUGAGAAAAAGUUAGCCAGUCUACCAGACCCCAAAGAUGAACAGAAGCUAAAGGAAAUUGAUGGAGAAUUGGAGAAGAAGAAAGAAGAUCUGAAUGCGGUGCACAGGCAAGCUGAUCGCUUGUCUAAGAAUGGGGCUGCAAAAGCAGUGGAGCCAACCCUGAUACAGCUCAGCAAGCGCUGGCGAGAUAUUGAGAGCAAAUUUGCUCAGUUUCGAAGACUCAACUAUGCACAAAUUCAAACAGUUUAUGAAGAGACAACAGAUGUGGUGACUGAAGGUAUGACUGUGGAAACCACUUAUGUGCCUUCUGCAUACCUGGCAGAGAUCCUUCGACUCCUGCAAGCCUUGUCUGAAGUGGAAGACCUCCUUAACUCUCCUGAUCUGCAGGGUAGGGACUGUGAGGAUCUCUUCAAACAAGAAGAGUGUCUCAAGAAAGUUAAAGAUCGCCUGGGGAGCUUCUCAGGUCAGAUUGAGGUGAUUCGCAGCAAGAAGACAUCAGCUUUGCAAAGUGCCACACCUGGGGAAGCUGCAAAGAUACAGGAAAAGCUGACUCAGCUUAACUUCCAAUGGGAAAAAGUUAACAAGCUGUACAGGGACCGACAGGCACGCUUUGACAGAGCUGUGAAGAAGUGGCAGUGUUUCCACCAUGACAUGAAGAAUUUUAGUCAGUGGCUAACUGACACAGAACAGAAUUUGGCUAGAGCACAAACAGGUACCAGGGACCCAGAUCAAGCCAAAAUAAAGCAGUACCUCAAGAAGAGAUGGGUUGAAAUAAGACGAAGGUUUCUGACCGUCAGAGGGGUGAAAUAUUGGAACAGCCUUCCGAGGGAAACGGUGGGGGCGAAGGACCUGUCUGGUUUCAAGAUUAAGUUAGAUAAGUUUAUGGAGGGAAUGGUUUAAUGGAAAAGCAUGAUUUUAGCCAAAUCGAAUACCG